UAGAUCACAAUUUACCUUGUAUUGAAUUUUCUUUCUGGUGCAGGGCUGUUGGAGGGGAAUUUGAUGAUAUUAAUGCAAAGUACUGCGAUGCUGAGAAGGAAGUCAAUAUGUUGCAAAUAAAAAUACAAGAAGUUAAUGGUAACCUAUCCAAACACCACAAGGAUUUGGAAUCAAGAAAGAGAUUUAUUGAAUCGAAGCUUCAGUCUUUGGAUCAGCAAUGUUCUGGACUUGAUUCUUAUCUCAAAGUUUUAGAGUCUUCCAAGGAAAAAAGAGAUGUACAGCGAAGCAAAUAUAAUAUUGCUGAUGGCAUGAGGCAGAUGUUUGAUCCUUUUGAAAUGGUUGCCAGAGCUCAUCAUGUUUGCCCUUGCUGGGAGCGAUGCUACGACUGUCGCGGUCAUACAAAUUUGAUGUGCAUAGAAAGAAUGCAAUAUAGCUAG